GCAGGGUGGGGUCACAAGCAGGGAGAGGCGGAGGAGGAACAGGCAGAGAGAGAGAGCCCAGCCCUUCAAUGCACGGCAGCGAACGGCAAGAACCAGAGGCGCAACGCUUGGCUGAUUUAUUCCACUUUUUGGAGGGGGGGGUCGCAAAGACAUCGACGCUGCGGAUAUGAACUGAACAGAAGAGGCACGCACCUCCGUGCUCCAAUAUCCCGAAUAUCCACAGCUCAACGCCCCCUUCCUCCUCCUUGUCCUCUCCCAUAAACCCUCCUUUCUCCCCUUUACCCACAUUAGAGCUAUACACACCCAAAACCCCCCGACCCCCCCCCCUCCUCCCUCCCUCCCUCCGCCUCCACGAGAUGCACACGGAGAGCCGCCACAAGAAAAGGAGGAGCGGCGCCCAGAAGAAGAAGAAGCCCGCCACCCUGACGCAGGAGGCCGCGCCGCCCUCGCCGCCUAAGGAGGAAGAACAGGAGGGAGAAGAGGAAGAAGAGGAGGAAGAGGAGGAAGGGGAGGUGUCAGACAUGCCCUCGGUCCAGAUCAAAACUGAGCCAGAGGAGAUGGAGUGCACGGGUGACAUCGGCGAUGAGUGUUCCCACCAAACCAAUCCCGACGUUAAGACAGAAACAUGGAUCUGCAAAGCCGAGCCGUCCUCAUCGAGCCCGACCCCCGCCGAUGACCAGACGGAACCGGUCGACCUGUCCCUCCACAAGCCCCGCUCGUCUUCGCUGCCUCCCGCCACCGUCAGUGUGGCCCUCAACCCGGCGCCUGGAAGCGGCCCGGCGCCGCCCGGACUGACAGCCACGCCUGUCACUUCCACCGUACAGUCCAUAGGAUCCAUGGUUCUAUCGCCAGGCUCCAUUUUGGCCACGCAGGGCGCCGGCGGCCAGCAGAUCCUCCACGUCAUUCACACCAUCCCGUCGGUCACCAUGCCUAGCAAGGUGGGCCAGCUGCAGACCAUCCCUGUAGUGGUACAGUCCUUACCUGUGGUCUACACUGCCGUACCCGCGGACGGCGUUGCUUCCGCUACCGCUGCCAUCACUGUGCCGCUAAUUGGCAGCGACGGACGCUCAGAAGGCUCAGUCCGCAUCAAGCCAGGUUCCACGUCUCCGGUUGAAUAUCACAGCGAAAGCGACGCCGAGAGUGGAACCGAGUCCGGGUCGGCGUCACUCAGCGUCCAGAGCCUUGACGCCGGGUCGCUGUUGGAAUUGGACCCUGUCGACCCUGACUCACCGGACGUGAAGCGGCGGCGGAUCCACAUGUGCGACUACGAAGGCUGCAAAAAAGUUUACACUAAGAGUUCGCACCUCAAAGCCCACCGACGGAUACACACAGGAGAGAAACCGUACCACUGCACCUGGGAGGGCUGCACCUGGCGCUUCGCCCGCUCCGAUGAGCUGACCCGGCACUUCCGCAAGCACACGGGCAUCAAGCCAUUCCGCUGUACCGAGUGCGACCGCUCCUUCUCGCGCUCUGACCACCUGUCCCUGCACCGCCGCCGCCACGUCAUGAUGUGAACGCUUUCGCUUUGGAUUUUCCUUCACCCCCACCCUGCCGCCUGCCAAACAAACUUUGAUACUUCGGAUCUACAACUACGGCGCCAGGCAUUAACGGAGGAUUUUUUUCCCCUACUCGUCCGUCCAUCAUUUCCCAAGCGGUGAAAUCCCACGUUGGUGUUUAAUUUUGAGACAAGUGAACACUUCUUUUGGAUUUUAUCCUUUACUUUCUCUGGUGAUUGGAAGGCACAAUCCUUUUUAAUACAAGCUGUCUCACUGCAGCACCGGUGACGUAAAUUGACGUAAUCCUUGGGGUGCGGCAUGUCAUUUUUACGAUCUAAAAGUAUAAACUCCAGGUUAAGCUCAUUUCUUGUUGACGUCACCCCGUUUUUUUUUUUUUAAUCAUAGGACUGCCUGACCCAUUUGACUCAUUUUCCGAACCGUAUCUCCAUAUUGCAAGAAAUGUACUUUUAUUUUAGCAUGAGAGUACGGCAUUCAUUUUUUAGGGUAAUAUUUGAUGUCUUGACAACUGGACGACUACCGGUAGUUUUGUUUUUUGCUAACUCUGUUAGAUCACUUGUUUUCAAGUGGUCUUCCUGCAGUACGUGUCAUCUUCGGGAUGUGGCAUUUAAUUUUUACAGUCUAAAAGUAGACAUCCCGACAAGCACAUUUCUCAAUUUCAUGCAACUUUUGUGAAGGGAUGUCUCAAUCCUGCGAACAAAUUUGUAGGCAGACUGUCUCACUGCACAGACUUAUUUAACCGUAUUUAAUUCCAAGGGCAAGACAUUUACUUUUAAGUUGUCAAAGUUGUUAGCCGGACAAUCAGAUUAGAUCAUUUUCAUCCUUCUGUAAUAGUACACCUGAACCAUAUUGAUACAUUUAAUGUAAAUCUGUUCCACUGAAGCACAAACGAACAGGAAUUUAAUUUUUGUGUUCAAAUAUCCGAUCCAGGCAACCAGAGUUUUCAUGGAUUUCUUUCCCAUUUUCCAUAAUAAUCAGAAUUCUGAAGCCUGUUAGGGCAUUUUCUUCAGCUGAGGCCAUGUACUACAUUUGGGGUGUGACGUUAAAUCAGAGGUGGGCAAACCGGUCCUCAAGGGCCGUAGUGGGUCCUGGUUUUUGUUCCAACUGAUCCGGCACAGACAGUUUAACCCAGGUGUCAGCAACUUGCGGCUCUUUAGCGCUGCCCUAGUGGCUCCCUGGAGCGUUUUCCAAAAUGUUUGAAAAUGGCAAAAGAUAGGGAGGGAAAUUGUUUUAAUAUGAUUUCUGUAGGAGGGCAAACAUGACACAAACGUCCUCCUAAUUCGUUAAUAUUGCAAUGAAGUUAAACUGCAGGGAAAAUACACAUUUACCGUAUUAUCGCGCUAGAAGGUGCAUCAGAGUUUAAGGCGCACCUUCAAUGAAAGACCUAUUUUAAAAUCGUUUUCAUGCAGGGCGCAAUAGUAGUAAUCGUAAUAGUGGCAGUAGUAGUAGUAGUAGUAGUAGUGGUUGGCGUUGCGCUAUGCACUCACAAGAUGGAGCUGAGCUAAAUGGAAUGUCAUGUUAUGAUUAACCGAUAUUGAUCCAUACAGUAUAUAUUAGGCACAUCGGAAUAUAAGGUGCACUGUCAGCUUUUGGUAAAGGCUUUCAGGUGCGCCUUGUAGCGUGGAAAUUACGGUAAUUAUAAAGGCUUAUUACAGUAUGUAUUGGUAGCCAACUUAGUCAUUUCGAUACUAGGUUAACAUAGAUACAUACAGAAUGUGUUGCCUUCAUUAUAAGGCUUAUAUAAGGCUUUCAAUUUUUUGUGGCUCCAGACAUAUUGGUUUUUUGUUUUUGUUUUUUUUGCUUCAGUUUGGCUCUUUCUCUCAAAAUUUUGGGUCGCCGAUCCCUGGUUUAACCAAUGAGGUUUCUGCUGAAACUAGAAGCACCUGACUGCGAUCAACUGAUUGCGCUUGCAAGACAUCAGAUUGGUGAAAAAGUUUCCUCUUGAUGGGUUGGAACGGAAACCCGCACCCACUGUGGCCCUUUGUGGAAUAGUUUGCCCACCCCUGCAUAAAAUACUAACAUAUGUAAAAAUUGACGUUGAGACACCCUGGAUUUAUUUGGACGCUCUAUGACAAGGGUCAGCAAACCAAAAUGUUGAAAGAGCCAUUGGAGCAACAAAAACAAAUAUGUCUAGAGCCACAAAAAAUUGAAAGCCUUAUCAUAAAGCCAACGCAUUCUGUAUGUACUGUAUGUAUAUUAUUAAUUAUAUGAGCCUAGUAUCAAAAUAACUAAAUUGGCUACAAAUACAUAUUGAGCCUUCAUGAUUAUUGGUUAAUUAUGGCAUGACAUUCCAUUUACUUCAAGUCCAUCUUGUGGGUGCGUAACGCAAUGCCAACCACUACUACUACUACUACUGCGCCUUAUAAUGCAAUGCGCCUUAUGCAUGAAAACCGUUUUAAAAUAGGCCGUUCAAUGAAUGUGCGCUUUAAACUCCGAUGCACCUUAUAACGCGGAAAAUACGGUAAAUGUGUGUUUUCCCUGCAGUUUAACUUCAUCACAAUAUUAACGAAUUAGAAGGACGUUUGUGUCAUGCUUGCCCUCCUACAGAAACCAUAUUAAAACUUUUAAAAAUGUAUUUCCCUACCCGAUCUUUUGCCAUUUUCAAACAUUUUUGAAAACGCUCCAGGGAGCCACUCGGGCAGCACUAAAGAGCCGCACGCUGCUCUAGAGCCGCGGGUUGCUGACCCCCGCUCUAUGAGAAAUGUGAACUUUUUAAAGAAUUUUCACAUCGCAUUAUUUUUGCAUAUCCUUCUCCUGUACAUGCUUUAUGUCAUAAAAAACAGUAUUUGCGUGUUACUGUUCAGUUUUGUCAUUGUUUUUCCCCCCUCUUGUGACAGAACCGUCGCCUUUUUUUGGUCGUUUUUGUAACUUUUACCGAUUUUUGGUCGUCUUUGAAAUGCUGUGAAGAAGUCGUUAUCGGAGAAGUUAAAUUUCUCUCACAGGGAAAUACGGGAGGUAUUUCAUGUGUUCGCAAUUAGGUUUUUUUUCGUGUGUUUGUGCGUGUGCAUGUUUUGCGGCAAACACAUUGUCGGAGUUUAGUUGUUGUUUUUUUAACUUAACGAGCACGUGUUCUGGGUAUUGGACCUCUUGCCCGUUGAGCCUUAAGAACCGACGUCGAGCAGAAAACAACGAAAACAAGAAACAAAAUAUCGAGGAAAAAAAAACAACCUAUGAAUAUAGAUGUUCAUACUCAUGACAUUAAAAACAUGAAGACAAAAAAAAAUGCAAUUUUUUUCCCGGCGAUCAAUCGACAACUAGUACAGGAGAGUAACAAUUUUGCAACUUUCCGAUGCAAAAACGUCCGAUGCGAUUCUUAUUCGGAAGAAUUUUGUUUCUGCAUUUCCCGCCUUCUUUGCUUGGUCGAAAACGGAAAAAGCACAUCUUUGUAGAAGAGUUUAUGCAUUCUUUUGUAAACAUUAGGAUGAUGACAACAAAAAAGAAGAGUUCAAAAAAUAAUCCAUGUAUAUAAAUGUAUAUAAACAAAAAGUAAAUGUAACGGGUGAAGUUCUAUUUUUAACACUGACUAGAGAUAAUGUGAACCCCCUUCUCCUUGCUUUCUAUUUUUUUUGUUUUUCUUCUUUUCCCUCUGUUUUCUUUUGUGUAGUUUCUUUCAAAUAAUAAUAAUAAGAAUACUAUCGGUCCCACUUGUGUUGUGCAUACUUGUAUUGCAUGGAGAGUGGCCCACUUGUUUUCCAAUAGUGACGUUAGUGAGCAUGUCGCUGUACAAGACUUUUUUAGGGACUAAAAUGUAUUUGUAAUAAAAAUAAGAGUUUGAUAUGAUCCGCACAAGACCUUUAAGGAAAAAAAAAAAAGUCCCACGUUGUUUCUUUCAAAGUUUCUUUUGGCCACGAUGCUAGUUGCAUAGCAUUUGACAAUUCUGUCCUAAUUUGUCUAUUUUUUUUUUUUUUUUUAACUUUUGUUUCAUAUUUUAACAUUUAACAAAAACAAUGUUUCAUUUCUACAGUCAAGAUUUCGACCAUUUUGUCAAUUUCAGUGCAUUUUACAUAUUUACACGACACACACACACACACACAAAAACGCUAGUGCUAAUUAGCUACAAGCUAACGUGUUAGCAUUGUCGUGAUUACAGAAUAAUCAUUUCGAGGAAGUAGAAUAAUGUGAUAAUUUCCCAGUUUUUGUUUUUUGUUUUUUUGCAGCCUAAUUUAGUCUAACUUAUUCUGUAUGUUUAGAAAAAUAAAAAUGAAUAUAUACAUAUAUAGAUAUAUAUUAAAAAAAAAAAAAGUUUAAAGGCUGCAUUCGGGUGGCGAUUGCGUAUGAGUGCCUCCUAACUCACCACUUUUAUUUUCAAUAUUUUUCCCAUCCUUGUUGAAUGCAGUAACUUUUUUGCGGGCCAGUACUCUAUUUACUCAGUGCAAUGCAGUUAUGGUUAUGAUAAUAAUUUCUUUUGUAUUUGUGUACAGAACAAAAAGGUUUCAAGAUGGACGAGGAAGGAAAAAAAAAAAAAGAAACGUGAGCUUUUUGAUACUGUGACUCUGGUGUUUCUUUGUUUUUCUCUUCUGUAUAAUUGUGAUGACUUCUCCUCAUCCUCCCUUCAUUUUUUUUUUUUUUUUUUUUUUAGAAUAAACUUGUUUUUGGUGCAAUUUA